AAUUGCGUUUUUAUGCUCGAGGUGUGUACGCUGUAAAGAGAACAUUUCUAUUCAAGUUUUACUCCCUUAAAGCGAAACUACUCUCAAUCAAGAGAUAUUUUUCAACAAAAAUUCAUUACUUUUCUUUGAAAGUCUUCCUUCAUCAAUCGGCAAUUAAUUUACUAAACUGCUAAAAAAAAUAAUAACAAGAGAGAAAACCUCAUUAUUCUAUUAAAUAAUUCGUAUAAAAUACAUAUAAAACAGCCAUAUAUCGUUAUAAAAGAAAAAAAAACAAGUUUUUUUUAUCUAAUUGUAUGAGGACACUGCAUUUAAAAUAAACCGUCAAUUAUUUAUGGAAAUGAAGCAGAAGAAGAUUGGAAUCUCCGUCUCUAAAUUAAUGGUUGGGGAGGAAAGAUCGACUAACUCGAAACAGUUGGUUAAGAAGUUGAAAAACUCUCGUCUACCGGAUAAAAGAUCACCCUCUGGAACACCUAGAAGUAGCUUGAGAAGGCGACGGGAUAAUAAAUUAUCUAUAUCUUCAGAAGAAACAGAGGCCGAAAUUUUUAGACCACCCCCACAGCCAAUUAGAAAAGACGUUGUGGAUAGACCAGACCGACCAUCCUUGAGGCGAAAGAGUGUCUCUUUCCUUAUUGACGAUGAUAAAAAAGACAAGCCUUCGGAAGCUCUGAGAACAUUUCGAUCAAAACGUCGAGGCAGUUUACCAGAUGCGUCAUGUGACUUUAAUAAGGUCCUCGAAGAAAUAGAAAGCGAGAAGAAUUGUACCUAA